GGGCAAGAGGAAGUGGGUUGUAGUAGCAACUUCGGCCGAAACAGUACCACCGGCAAACGUUUCGGUUCGAGCUUUUCGUAUUGCUGUACCGGAAGCAGUAGAAAUCAUAGUAACGGCCCAGUGCAGUGUAGUGCUAACGGCAGUCGACGCAACAUGACAACCGACACGAGACGGCGCGUUAAGCUGUACGCACUGAAUGCAGAUCGUCAGUGGGAUGAUCGAGGAACGGGUCAUGUCACAUCCAGCUAUGUCGAUCGCGUCAAAGGUGUGUCACUGCUCGUCCAUGCUGAAAACGAUGGAUCCAUGCUGCUAGAAAGCAAGAUUCAUCCAGACACUACAUAUCACAAACAACAGGACACGCUGAUCGUUUGGAGCGAGGGUGAUAAUUUUGAUCUGGCGCUCAGCUUCCAGGAAAAGGCAGGAUGCGACGAAAUAUGGGAGAAAAUUUGUCAGGUACAAGGGAAAGAUCCGUCGGUCGAAAUAACGCAGGAAUCGGUUGAAGAAUCAGAAGACGAGCGGUUCGAGGAUAUGUCCGAUUCGGCACCACCGAUCGAACUUCCACCGUGCGAGCUAAGCCGGCUGGAGGACAUAUCGGAGGUCAUUGCGAGCGCCCUCACAUCAGCAAUCCGGAAGGAUAAGCUGGCGCAAGCAAUCGAGUCGGAAAACUACAUCAAAAAGUUGCUCGGUUUGUUUCGCGUCUGCGAGGAUCUGGACAACCAGGAAGGGUUACACUACUUGUACGAAAUUUUCAAAAACAUAUUCCUGCUGAACAAGAACGGUCUGUUCGAGAUCAUGUUUGCAGAAGAUACGAUAUUCGAUGUGGUGGGCUGUCUCGAGUACGAUCCUUCCGGGAAUCCGCCGAAAAACCAUCGCCAGUAUCUGCGAAAGUUGGUAAAGUUCCGCGAAGCGAUACCGAUCCGCAACACGGACCUGCUGGCCAAGAUACACCAGACGUUCCGGGUGCAGUACAUACAGGAUAUUGUACUGCCGACACCGUCCGUCUUUGAAGACAACAUGCUAAACACGCUGUCGUCGUUUAUAUUCUUCAACAAGGUGGAGAUAGUGACCCUGAUUCAGGAGGAUGACAAGUUUCUGGACGAUCUGUUUGCACUGCUGACUGAUCCGCAAACGCCCGAUUCGAAGCGUCGUGACAGUAUUCUGUUUUUGAAGGAGUUUUGCAACUUUGCCCAAUACUUGCAGCCCCAGGGCAAGGAAACGUUUUUCAAAACGCUCAUCAGCCUCGGCGUGCUGCCGGCGCUCGAGAUCACUCUGGCCAUCAACGAAAAGCGAACAAAGGCCGCCUCAAUCGACAUCCUUUCAACGAUCGUUGAAUAUUCACCAUCCGUGGUGCGGGACUAUACGCUACAGCAGUACAACAAUUCUGACUCGGAUGAGGAUCAAACUUUGAUCAACAUUGCGAUUGAGCAGCUGCUGUCGGAUUCCGAGCCGGAAGUGGGUGGUGCCGUACAGUUGAUCACCGUACUGCGGAUCCUGCUGGACCCAGAGAACAUGUUAAGCUCGGCCAACAAGUCCGAAAAGUCGGACUUUCUUAACUUUUUCUACAAGCACAGUAUACAAACGUUAAUUGCCCCACUUUUGCGACACACGCAAUCGGACAAGCCAACGAAUGAGGAUUAUCACGUGGUACAGCUGCUGAGCGUGGUGUUGGACAUACUGUCGUUCUGUGUGGAGCAUCACACCUACCACAUCAAGAAUUGCAUCAUCAAUAAAGAUCUGUUGCGAAAGGUUUUAGUACUGAUGAACAGUGCGCACACGUUCCUCGUACUAGGAGCGCUCCGAUUUCUUCGCAAAAUUGUUUCUCUAAAGGACGAAUUUUACAACAGGCACAUUGUGAAGGGAAAUUUAUUCGCACCGAUUGUUGAAGCGUUCAUACGCAACGACAGUCGCUAUAAUCUGCUGGAGUCGGCCAUUUUGGAGCUGUUUGAGUUUAUACGGCUGGAAGACAUCAAAUCGCUGUACACGUACUUUGUGGAAAGCUUUGGCAAAUUUUUCGAUGACGUCCAGUACGUCCAGACGUUCAAGACGCUCAAGAGCAAAUACGACCAGCAACAGGAUCGACUGAAGGAAAAGGAGAAGGGAAAUUUGGAAAGCGUUCCAUCCAUUUUACGAAAUAGCAGCCGAUACCGAAGGGACCAGCGACAGAUGGAUGAGGACGAAGAAAUAUGGUUCAACGAGGAGGAGGAUUAUGCCGAAACUGCUGGCAAAUCUGGAGCACCAGAACUAGACUCAACGAUCGGUAAAAUGUUCGAAAAGAAAGCAAUGGACACAACCAGCAGCCUGAACGGUCCCAAGUACGGUAGUGGCGCCGUCUCAACGGCACAAGCGCAUCAACUAUCGUCACAAAUGCAUGGCGGUGUUACGGCCACCGCAACGUCAGCCGAUGACGUGGCAGCAACUUCGCACAUGCUAACGAUCAACAACGGUACCGAGGGUAGUAACAGUGAUGACACUGUAGCGACAUCCGCCGCACAUCUCCAAACGUCAGCGCUCGAUCCAAACUGUCUUUCACAUGCGGUCGCGCAAGCUGCAGCUGCAGCGGCUGCCGCUGUCGCUGUAGCAAACAAUAAUGGCCUUGCGUCGUCGUCAUCAGUCGGUUCGGUUGAAGCUGUAAGUUCUCUCACAGGGGACAUCGGGCAUCACGACCAUCUGCAGCAUCAUAAAGAGCAUCGCCGUGUGCUUAUUGGGGAAGAGGAUACUGGCAGCGCAAAUCUGACACCGGCCGACGAAUCAGCGCUGGAUGAUGCCAACAGUCUGGUGGUGAGCGCCCUCGGUGAGAACGAUCUGUCGACGGUGUAUCAACUUCAACCGACCGCCGCUACGGUAGUAUCGAGCACUGCAGUAGCAAGCACUAGCUGUGAAACGACAACUUCCUCCACCCCAUUGUCGUCUAUUCCGGUCACCGAAACGUGUUCCUCUUCCACCUCCUCCUCUACGUAUACUGAUGCCACCGCUGUAACGACGGCACCGGACGACUGUUCGUCGAGUGUUGCUACUGUGACGGUUGAGAGCAGUACAAUUGCUGUCGACAGCAGCAGUAGUUCGUUAGAAGGUGUCGAAUCUCUCGGCGGAACAGUGGAGGAAACGGUGUCCAAGCGAUUAUCAGUGGAAGCAUUGUCAUCAGACAGUGAAGCGAUGAUUGCUGUGGAAAGUGGAACGCACGAAACAGACGAGAGUAAUAAUGGCGACGUGGAACAGAAACAUCCCGCACUGGACCGGAGUCGGGAAAAUACACUCGACGGUGCCAGCAGCACCAGCGUUGACGCAAAUGAUGCAGAAAUGGUGAACAUGCCUGUCUCGUCGUCAUUGCGCCUGGACUCUGCGCCUGCCGUAGAACAACCGACAUCCAGUGGUGCCACUGGUACAGAUCUCGCGUUGCAAGACAGCCUUUCGUCCUCCGCUACUUCCGUCGCUUCGACAACAAACACGUCAACCCUGGUUAGUGGUUUGAAAAAGGGUUUGGUUGAUUACGAAGGUGACUCCGACGAAGACGAGGAUGAUGAAGAUAGCAGUAGUCCGGCACAAAAGAAGGCGAGAAUAGCAUAGCACCAUCAUCACGCACAUCAUCCUUACAAACAACGCCAUCAAUCAGCAUCAUCAUCUGGGGUGGAUAGUAGCAUUACUAGGCAUAGUUUUAAAAGUACCAUUAGAAGCACCACCGCUACCGCGACUACGGCAGUAGCGGUGAUUAAUACUACCGUUGUUGCCCCCAACGCUACCGACGAUUCUU